CUAGGUCACAGUGGAGUGAAUCAACUCGGCGGUGUGUUUGUCAACGGUAGACCACUGCCAGAUUCAACCAGACAGAAAAUAGUGGAACUAGCGCAUAGUGGGGCUCGUCCGUGCGAUAUCUCCAGAAUCCUGCAGACCCAUGCAGAUGCAAAAGUCCAAGUGCUGGACAAUCAAAACGUGUCGAAUGGAUGUGUGAGUAAAAUUUUGGGCAGGUAUUACGAAACUGGCUCCAUCAGACCCAGGGCAAUCGGAGGUAGUAAACCGAGAGUAGCGACUCCAGAAGUUGUAAGCAAAAUAGCACAGUAUAAACGCGAGUGCCCCUCCAUCUUUGCGUGGGAGAUUCGAGACAGAUUACUAUCAGAGGGGGUCUGUACCAACGAUAAUAUACCCAGUGUAUCGUCAAUAAACAGAGUUCUACGCAACCUGGCUAGCGAAAAGCAACAGAUGGGUGCCGAUGGGAUGUAUGACAAGCUAAGGAUGCUGAAUGGACAGACAGGGACAUGGGGCACGCGACCUGGAUGGUACCCCGGGACCUCCGUGCCAGGGCAGCCCACACAAGAUGGCUGCCCGCAGCAGGAAGGAGGUGGUGAAAACACUAACUCCAUCAGCUCUAAUGGAGAAGAUUCAGAUGAGGCCCAGAUGAGACUUCAGCUGAAACGAAAGCUGCAGAGGAAUAGGACAUCCUUUACUCAAGAGCAAAUUGAAGCUCUUGAGAAAGAAUUUGAGAGAACCCAUUAUCCUGAUGUGUUUGCCAGAGAGAGACUAGCUGCCAAAAUAGACCUGCCUGAAGCAAGAAUACAGGUGUGGUUUUCUAACAGAAGGGCAAAGUGGAGAAGGGAAGAGAAACUGAGGAAUCAGAGAAGACAAGCCAGCAACACUCCCAGUCAUAUUCCUAUCAGUAGUAGUUUCAGCACAAGUGUCUACCAACCAAUCCCACAACCUACCACACCUGUUUCCUCUUUCACAUCGGGUUCAAUGUUGGGCAGAACAGACACAGCACUAACAAACACAUACAGUGCUCUGCCACCCAUGCCUAGCUUCACAAUGGCUAACAACCUGCCUAUGCAACCCCCAGUACCUAGUCAGACCUCCUCCUACUCUUGCAUGCUGCCCACUAGUCCGUCAGUGAAUGGGCGGAGCUAUGAUACAUAUACACCUCCUCACAUGCAGACACACAUGAACAGCCAGCCAAUGGGCACUUCUGGCACUACUUCAACAGGUCUUAUUUCCCCUGGAGUGUCAGUUCCAGUUCAAGUUCCUGGCAGUGAACCCGAUAUGUCUCAAUACUGGCCAAGAUUACAACAUGGACCUUUGUACAAUGAAGGCAUUAUAUCAGUUGGAACAAAUCUUCAUUUUGGUAUCCAAACUUUUACUCAUUUUGGUGUAUUAUUUGUAAAUGGGCAUUUGUAUGUUAUAAUGAAAAAAGAACAAUGUAGACUGGAUGGAUGUUUGAUUUGUGUUGGUCAUGAAGUUGUUUAAAAAAAGGAAGCCAUGAUCAACAAGCUUUGCCACGAAUUUAAGAGUUUUAUCAAGAUAUAUCGAAUACUUCUACCAAUCUGUUCAUAGAUUAUGGACUGAUGUUCCAAGUUUGUAUCAUUCCAUUGCAUAUAAUUGGACCUGGAACAAUACGCACUAGAUUUAUGUAAGAAAAAUAUCUGUUGGAAUUUCCAAAGGUUGUUAACAGAUGAAGCUUAUGUGCAAACAAGGGGUAAGAGAGAACUUCAAUGAAGAAAAGUUUGAUAGAUAAAAGGUAGAUUGUGUCUUCGAUAUAAUCCAAUUUGUUUUAUGUCGAAAUGUAAGUAUUUGUCUUCCCUAGAAAUCUCCCAGAAUGAUUUCUAUAAUAAAGUUAAUUUCAUUUAUAUUUGACAAGAAUAUUCUAUAGAUGUUUUAUACACAUUUUCAUGCAUCAUACGUUUCUUUUUUGGUCGGCAAAAGUUAAUUGUUCUUAGAUAUAGUUGUACUACUGUUCACAGUCCAAUCAUUUUUGUGCAUCUAGAAUUCAUUCCUAAUCAAUUAAAAGUGCUUGCAAGAGUUUUAAACUUAAGUGUUUUGAAGUUGUUCACAACUACAUAUCAAAAUUAACCAUUGUUGAUUGUAAAA